UCAACAUUCUUCUAUUAAUGUAUUUUUUUCAUUUCCGCUUUUUCAUUCGGGUGUUCAAGGCGGCGCACCUAGCGCUCCCUCUGUUAUUUUUUUCCCACAACAACCCCGCGAUUGAGGUGGGGCCAAGAGAGAGCGACUUCCCCAAAUAUAUCCAAUGAGCGUCGGUGGACUGGAAUUACUCUAAAUUCAACACCUUCACUGUUUCACCAGACCGUUCUGUCCGAUUUGGACGUGGUUUCAAGUGGCAUUAGCGUAAACAUCAAAUGACAACAGGAAGAUCAGCGUUUGGUUCAGCAGAUCGGCCUUUUACUUUCUUUCCCCACCUCGGAUUGUUGCAAUCCGCAGGGUCGGAAGACAUCAAUGUGCCCUGUCGCCUGUAGGUGGUGCUGCCAGCUUGGGCUUCCUUCACGGAACAGAAGUCCCACUGAACUUGGCCCGGCUCGAGCUACAUUGCAUGCUGGCAUCAUCACCCUCCGCCCCUCCUUCUCUCCUUGGCUCGACUCGGUUUGGAUCGGAUCGGCUCCGCCCACCGAGGCCAAACUCGGCGUCACCCUCUGCCGCACCAUCGCUGCUGCCUCCUUCCCCGCCGGGUUGCACAACAUCUUGCCUCCGGAGCGAGCGAGGCAGCUAUGCUGGGCAAGGACUACAUGCUGGCCAUCAUCCUGGUCAACUGCGAUGAACAGCAUAUUGCAUAUACAGGUGCAUUUACAUGGAAUCUAUUCUGGGGCUGAUGCAGAUAAAACAGUUGCUAUUUGGAAGCUGCUUUAUUUUAUUCUAAGAGCAAUCAUCUACACAGGUCAAGGUGUAUCCCCAAAAUUGACCCUGAACAUUCUCUUCUGGAGUCCUGCAAAUAACCUGUGGAAUGACCAAAACAUGGAAGGAGAGCUCGACCUUCCUUCGGGAUGGAGGAAAAUCCAUGACUCUUCUGGUACCUAUUACUGGCAUGUGCCCACAGGAACCACUCAGUGGCAACACCCUUCUCGUACUUCUGGUCUUGGUCAUGCUGGGGAAGCUGCAUUUCCAGAAACGGACCUUCAAUCUGCUGUGGUUAGAUGUGUGCCAACAGAGACACUUAUCCCAAGUCCAGUGACUUCAUUCUCCAAGAGGACAUCACUGGCCUGGCACAAGGAGGAUCUUCAUCAGGGAAAUCCAGAACCUGGCUCCAAGUGUUUCGUUGUGCGCUCCCUAGGCUGGGUUGAGAUUCCUGAGGAGGACUUGGCACCAGGCAAAAGCAGUAUUGCAGUAAAUAAUUGCAUCCAGCAACUUUCCCAAAACAAUUGUGACAAUUUUGGUCCUGCUGAUAGAUGGGGUGAGGGUCAAAACAUGGUGAUGAUUCUCAAGGAGGACACAAUGAACUUGGUGGAUCCUUUGGAUCACAGCCUCAUCCACUGCCAGCCCAUCAUCAAUAUUCGUGUUUGGGGGGUGGGCUGCAACAAAGGCAGGGAUUUUGCUUUCGUGGCCAGUGACAAGGACACGUGUGUGCUGAAGUGCCAUGUCUUCCACUGCAAUGUGCCUGGCAAGGCUAUUGCCAAAGCUCUGCAUGAAAUGUGCUCCAAGAUUAUGGCUGAGCAAGCAGUGGCAAGUAGCAGCCUCUCUCGAUCCAUCACCCUUGAAUCUAUUUCUCCAAAUGACAUAUCUCUGCAAGCUGAUAUAUUGGAUGUUGUGAGAGAGUCUGUUCAGAAAUACAAAGCUUUCUAUAUCGGCAGCUUACCAGUAUCUAAAUCUAUGGGGAUUGAUGUGCUAAAUAAUGCCAUUGAAACUCUGAUGGGCAGCCGUAACCAUGAGCAGUGGAUUCAAGCUGUGGUUAGUGUUUCAGACUCAGUGAUGCAAGCAGAUCAGACUGAAGCUGAAGAGGAGGAAGAUUCCUGCAUUUGGGAAUGUCAAGUACGCUACGUGACUUUUAUUGGGAUUGGGAGAGAUGCCCACACAUUUGGACUUAUUGCUGACAUGGGGAAACAACAUUUCCAAUGCACAGCCUUUUGGUGUGAACCAGAUGCUGGAACCAUUUCGGAAGCAGUACAGGCUGCGUGUAUGGUCCAGUAUCAAAAAUGCUUAGUGGCAUCACGAAUGAGAACAAAAAGUAGUUCACACUCCAUUAUGAAGCUGAAAAGGACAAUGUCGCUUGAUUCACCCAUUUGUUCAUUUCCCAUCACAGGACCCUCCUUGCCGAAAACCAGCAGUGGGGCCACAACGUGCAAGAGGGGAAUGUUCUCUUUCUUUGAAACCUUCCGCCAAAAACAUUCUAUGCUACACACUUCCUAAGAUGAAAACAAAGACUGGUGGUCCCAGAUGACCUUUAAUGGCACUGUCCUCUGAUGUCCAAGCUAUGAAUGUAACUAGCAUAAUUUUGUUUGUGAAACUCCUUCACUGAGCGAAAAACCAAUACAGCCAAACAAGACUGGAUCCUAAAGAAGGAUCCUGAGAGAUUCUGGACAUGCUAUGCAUAUUUCUUGCAGUUUUUUGCUACAUAGAUACUCUGUGGGAGAGGCAAGCUUGUGGGGGAGGGGGAGGGGGGCAGGGGAGAAGCAAUGCUGCACAAAAACAUUUGAAGGUGCUGCUUGCUGCUAAGAGCAAGCAACAUCAUAAUCACUGCGUAAACGUAAAGUCUUGCUCCAAUUGCCCAGGGAUUGAUAAAUCUGAGCAAAGCAGCCAAUUCAUCUUCAUUCAGUAACAACACUUUUUUUUAUAUAGUUGAAGCUAUUGAGAUUAACAUGGUUCUUUUUUUAGCUGUAGUUUGAACUCUUGGAAUGUGACACUGGAAAACAGGCUCAAGAGAAGAAAAAUAACCUGUUGACUCUCUAGAUACAUGCUUGGUUUAAUAUAAAUUCUUGAUCUGAAGUUGUUCCUGGAAAAGUAAUAAAGAAUUGACAACAAUAUUCUCCAAGCUAAUGCGACCCAAAUGUGUUUGGACCACAAAUCUCAAUAUUUUCAUGGAAUAAUUAAUAUUCUAAUUAGUAUACUUUAUCAAUCCAUGCAUAGUUCUCACUGUACUAGUUUUGUAUAUUUUCCCUUUGAAUAUUUUUUAAAAUUUAAUAAAAUCUGCAUUCAUAUUUUAACAUUUGAACAUCAUCAAUGUUGCCAAUCAUAUAGAUACUAGGAAACAACUCUUCUGAAACAAGUACCUGACCACAAUAAGCAGAUCAAAUGAUGCACAUAAUCCCAGUGCUUUCUAACAAAAUGUUUGUAAGAAACUAUGCAUGCAUAGUUCUUGCAUACAUGACUGUUAUUUAUAACAUGUCCAUUCUACCAGUCUCACUUCAAUUGGAAGCAUCAUCUAGACUCAGAUCAUCAUUUGAUGAGCCAAUAUUGAUGAUUCCUACAAGAGAGAAAUAAUAAAAAGAAAGGUUUCUUUUUCAAAAGAUGUAGUAUUGAAUGCCUGUUACACUAGCAUUGUGAAAAUGAGUACUAGAUCACUUACCUAUGAGAUCUAUACAAUGGAUAGAUGACACUGGUAGGAAGAAGGAUGGAUCUCAAAUGCAUUACACUUUAUGUUUACGUUUCAUUCUUGAUAUAAUUCCUUUUCUUUCACUUAUUAAGUAAUCCUGGAUGAAGAUAGACUCAAGUCUACCUCAGUGAUACUUUUUAUCUAUCUACAUUGUGCAACUAAAGUACUAAUAUAUAAUAAAGCUAUAUUUGCUUUA